GGUCAUCAUGAUUCUUUGCAAGGAUGGUGAUGAUGGCAGCAGUGAUGGAUGCCUGUCAAUGGUCCGGUUUUUGCAUUCAGCGUCUCAUAGAGCAGCCUAGAAGUUCUGGGGCUAAAGAUUGCAGCUUCCAGUGUUUAUCAAAGGGUUUCUUGCAGAAGUCUAUUCUCUCAACUACCUCCAGUACUCAACUCAAGUCCUCUACCGUGCCACUUCAUGGGAGCAGCUAUGUGCACAAGAAAAAGGGAAUGCAUGUUUUAUCUCCAAAUAUAUCAUCACCAAGCAUGAGAGUGGAAUUGCUUGAUGCUUGGGAUGAUGACUAUGAUGGUGUCAUUAUUAAUCCAGAAAGCUUACCUUUAAGUGCAAAUGCUUUUGAAUUGGCCCUUCGAGCUUCUCUGUCAAACUGGAAGUUGAAGGGGAAAAAAGGAUUAUGGCUCAAAAUACUACUAGAUCAAGCUGAUCUUGUUCCAAUUGCUAUACAGGAGGGUUUCAAUUACCAUCAAGCUGAAUCAGGAUAUGUUAUGUUAACAUAUUGGAUUCCUAAUGAGCCCUCCAUGCUUCCUGCUAGCCCUUCACAUCAAAUUGGCGUUGGAGGAUUUGUGCUCAACGACAAAAGAGAGGUCCUUGUGGUGAAAGAAAAAUGUCCUUGUAGUUGCUCAGGCUUGUGGAAGUUGCCUACUGGCUAUAUUAACAAGUCUGAAGACGUAUUCACUGGAGCUAUCAGAGAAGUGAAAGAAGAAACUGGGGUUGACACAAUUUUCCUGGAACUGGUUGCUUUCAGACAUGCCCACCUUGUGGCUUUUGAGAAUUCAGAUUUGCUCUUCGUGUGCAUGCUUAAGCCAUUGUCCUUUGAAAUCACAAUCGAUGAGAAGGAAAUUCAAGCUGCCAAGUGGAUGCCUAUUGAUGAAUUAAUUGGACAGCCAUUUUAUCAAGAAGACCACAUGUCAAAGAAGGUCAUUGAUAUUUGCAUGUCAGCUUAUGAAGAUCGUUACAGCGGAUUCAUUGCAAAUCAGCUCACCUCGAAAAUUGACGGAAAAUUAUCCUACUUGUACUACAACUAUUCAAACAAAAAUUAGGUCACGAAGCUUUUGUUCCAUAUUUACGAGGGACAUACCUUGUGGCUGUGGCACAUUCGUUUUAAUGUAAAGGUACAAAUACUUCGGACAAUAAUCAAGUUUUUCCAGACGUUUUUAUUGUAAUAAAACUCGUCUUUGG